ACUGCGCAUCUCGCACUACGUACGCACUGCAGGUUUGACAUUUCCGGACGCCGACGGCAACAUUGUCAUUGACGGCAAGAAACAAGGUGGAUGGCGAAAAACUGCAUAGUGGUCUACGUGUAAAUCUAGUGAAUUAUCUUAGUAGAUGGCUACACUUUGGUUGCUGUGAGUAGUCAAGUUUUAGUACAAAGCCAGCCAACUACUUUUGCUAGCAUUAGCCAAGUCAGUACAGCUAGCUAUCUUGCUUCAUUUUCGGAGAGUUUGCUAGCUACCUAACGAGUAAACGGAGUACUGAUUUUAGCUAAACACAAUUAUUACUCAAUUGCCGCGCUUGCUAGAUAGGUAGUUAACGUUUUGUUCAGCUAACAGUUCGCUAGUUGGUGUAGUGACUGACUUGUUUCUUGUAGCCUGUCACCGGCAAAAUGACUGUCUUUGAACUGAAUCAAGUCAUCGGUCCCUAACUAACUUCAAAGCCUUCAAAGCCAGUUGGGGCUGUAAACAAACCGCGACAAGACGGCAAAAGAAGGGAAGGAGGCGCUCGCAUCGCUCCUUCAGGAUUCAUCCACUGCAUCAGCAUCAAAGAUGGAGUUGGCACUGGCGCACCCAGCUCUCAAGGCCUUCAUGUGUGGCUCACUGAGCGGCACCUGUUCCACGCUGCUCUUCCAGCCUCUGGACCUGGUCAAGACGCGCCUGCAGACCCUGCAGAACAACAUGAAGCCUGGAGCUCCUAAGGUGGGGAUGAUGACCGUGCUUAUCCAGGUCAUUCGCACAGAGAGCUUCCUGGGCCUGUGGAAGGGAGUGUCACCGUCGUUUGUGCGCUGCAUCCCGGGCGUAGGUAUCUACUUCUCUACCUUCUACUCCCUGAAGCAGCACUACUUCCAGGAGGGCCGGGCCCCUAACGCUGGGGAGGCUGUGCUGCUGGGGGCCGGGGCCAGGGCCGUGGCUGGGGUCUGCAUGCUGCCUGUCACCGUCAUCAAGACACGCUUCGAGAGCGGACGGUACAACUACGUGAGCGUACUGGGAGCUCUGAAGAGCGUGUGUGAGACGGAGGGACCCAGGGCUCUGUUCUCUGGGCUGACGGCCACACUGCUCCGAGACGCCCCUUUCUCUGGCAUCUACGUCAUGUUCUACAGCCAGGCCAAGAGGUCCCUGCCACAGGAGGUGAGCUCCUCCCUCUAUGCCCCGUUGGGGAACUUUGGCUGUGGGGUGAUGGCCGGAGUCCUGGCCUCUGUGGUCACCCAGCCAGCUGACGUGGUCAAGACUCACAUCCAGGUCAGCCCCUCCCACUGGACCACCAAGGAAGCCAUUCGAUACAUCUACACGGAGCAUGGUCUGAGGGGUUUCUUCCGUGGGGCUGUGCCUCGCUCUCUGAGGAGGACUCUGAUGGCAGCCAUGGCCUGGACCGUCUACGAACAGCUGAUGGCCCGCAUGGGACUCAAGUCCUGAGGAGAGAGGGAUAAACUGAUAAAGGAGGAAUGACGUGGGGACUUGGUUUUAUACAAAGCAGCAGUUUGAAGGAGAAGAAAGAGAGGAGGAUGUGAAGGAGGAGGGAGAGAGAGGAGGUGUAGAGACAGUAUCACUGCAACUAGUUAGGGAAAGAAAGAGGUGGGUGUCGGUGGCAUGGAAGAGUGAAAGGUGUGCACGUGUGUGUAUUUUACAUGCUGAUGUUUAUGAGAGAGUUAUUGUGUAUGUUUGAUGUAUGUCCUUACACUCUUAUGUCAACCCUGACCUUAAAUGACAUUCCCUUACUGCUGAGAAGUGAACUGAUCCCUCUCCGAGUGUGGAGACCAUUGAGAUCUAUCUAUUUCUAUGGGGGAGACCAUAGGGAUCUCUUUAAUUAUAUUUCUAUGGGGGAGACCUUAGAGAUCUAUCUAAUUCUAUGGGGGAGACCCUCUCAGACUGGGGAGACCAUAGAGAAUGAUCUAAUUCUAUUUCAAUGGGGGAGACUCUCUCAGACUAUGACUACUGUGGUUUAGCUCUGGAUACCACUCCAGUGACAGAGACUGUCGCCGACUGUCACCUAUUGUCACUGUCUGACUGUGACUAACGUCUAGGUGUCUCAAACACUCCCACUCCCAAGAUGAAACAGCAGCUUUGAUUUAGUUACCUCAGCAAGAGGUUAUCCGCUGGCUAAAGGUAUAGUGGACUGGACAAAGCAACCCUGCGCCAUAACCAUGCAAUUUAUUUACAAAUGACAGGCAGACUACAUUAACAGCACAGUGAUUAUUGUGACCUGUCGACUGACUGAAGGAAAUACGAUAUUUAUUGACUGACUGACUGAUAAAAUAUUUAUUACGAGCUUGGACAAUCAAGACAAUAUUGCUGUGCAUUGUAGCAAAAGACUAGGCUGAUAUUUUCAAUACUGCAACUGCACAAUUAGCUACUAGCAACUUGGCAUUGGCAUACUUUGCCAUAUUAAAAUAGUGUACAGUAGGUGUGCUCUAUACCCAAUUCAACUGGGAUAAAAUGUAUAGUGCAUUCCAUUCUGGUUGCACUGUAAUAGAUCAGAUGUGCUUUACCUAACCAGUAAUGAUAGUCAAUCCCAGAGCCAUAGAUGGAUAAUUGGCAGGUGGUCAAUCCCAUUGGAACACAGACAAUGCAACUCUGAGCCACCUUGGGCUGUAGCAUUGUGAGACAAUAGUCAAUAUCGCUAUCAUGAAUAUGAAGCUUCAGCGCCACUGUAUUACAUGGGCCGGAUUCAGUAGGCACAAAAAGGAAGCAAACCGGAGGGACUAGCUGAUCUUGUCCAAUAAGAAAGGUAAAAUGUUUUUGUUUCUCGUUGCAUCAGUGAUGCACAGCCAUGGUCCUGGAUGGUCUCUGUUAUUAGUUUUGUAAAUAAAUAGGCCUAUGUAUUCAGUAUUGAGAGUAGUUCAUUUUUAACAUGGAAGCCCAUAUACGUGUAUAUUUCUUAACCCGCGGUGGCCAGUGUGCCAUGUCAUGGAUAUAAUUUUUUUGUCCGUUUUAAAGAGAUGUGUUAUAUUGAAAAGUGUUAUUGUACAGAUUCAAGAUAUACACUGAGUAUACAGAAACAUGAAGACCACCUGCUCUUUCCAUGACAUAGACUGACCAGGUGAAUCUAGA